AAUGUCAGUUUGCGCAGCUGUUCGCUAAGUUUGUUCGUUAUUCGAUGUCGUUGUCGUUAUUCCGAUGGCGCAAUCGGUCGAACUCCGGGAAAAUAAUAAAUAAAUACAACAAAUAAAAUAAAUCAAAAAGCAAAGGUUCAAACAACCAAUAAAAAAAUAAAAGUGGUAGGCAUUUAAAGUGACGAACUUGACCUUCCAAGCUUAUAUUCUAAGUGCAUUGUGUUGUGUGGUGUCUUGUUUAUUGAUUGUUGAAUUAAGUUUACGAUAUGGAUACGACGGGAUCCAUCAACGCUGCGGCGUGCGAUACGAUCGAGAAUGACGAAGGUUUAGAUGAGGUUCUUGAUGACUCUGAAGAGAAAGAACUGGUCACAGAUUCAUGUUCUACCAAAGUACUGGACAUCACGGAAGAGCCACGAGAUAGAUAUAACGUAGUUUACUUCCUCUUCUAUUUAUUCGGGAUCACAUCCUUAGUCCCAUGGAAUUUCCUCAUCACUGCUAAUGAUUACUGGAUGUACAAAUUUCGAGACACCACACCAAAGAACCUCACAGUCCUGGAGGUGACGAAGACUCAGUUCCAGGCAGAGUUCACAUCAUACCUGAAUGUGGCCACCGCUAUACCCAACUUGAUAUUCCUGAUACUUAACUUCUUGUACGGCCAUUUGGUAUCAGUAAAGAGUCGCCUGCAGGGCUCUCUCGUCGUGGUGACACUAUGCUUCCUCCUCACCACAUCUCUCGUGCAAGUCGACACGGACGAAUGGCAGAACACGUUCUUUAUUAUCACGAUGGUCACCGUAGUCGUCGUCACCGCUGCCAGCGCAAUCUUCAUCGGCGGGAUUGUGGGGAUCGCCUCCAGAUUCUCCAAGGAAUACAUGGGGGCGAUAGUUAGCGGGCAAUCCCUAGGAGGGAUUAUAGCUGCUGUCGCACAAAUCAUAUCCCUAGCAUUCAACAUGUCCCCUCUACACAGCGCCCUUAUAUACUUCGCUAUUGCAGACAUAAUGGUCAUAUCUUCGCUUAUUUCCUACGUCCUUUUAUACAAGAUAGACUUUUUCACAUAUCAUAUAUUAAGAGGUUCUGGGGGCAUAGCGAGUAAUAGACACAGAGAGGUGUCUAUAACGCUGAUCUUGAAGAAAGUGUGGGUAUACGCGUUCAGUAUAUUUGCCGUAUUUGGGAUCAGCAUGUGUGUCUACCCCGCUGUGACGGUGUUGGUACAGUCUCAUCCGGUUACCAAAGGGACUAUUUGGAAUACUAAAUUCUUCGUGCCGGUAGUGAACUACCUUAUCUUCAACUGUGGAGACUACGCCGGGAGAUUAGUUGCUGGAUUCCUCUUACGGCCAACAAACCAAUGGCUGAUAGCCGGCGCGAGCGUGCUCCGCAUCAUCGGCGUCCCUAUGCUGAUGCUGUGCAACGCGCAGCCGCGCAGCCACCUGCCCGUCAUCUUCCUCUGGGACUGGGAGUACAUCAUCAUCAUGAUAGUGUUCGCCUUUACCAACGGAUACCUCACCAACAUCGUCAUGAUCAACUCUACCAGGGUGGUGGACGUCCACGAACAGGAGAAAGCGUCGUCGGUAAUCGUGACGAUGCUCAGCGUGGGGCUGACAGUUGGAGCUGCUGUCGGUAUGUUGCUCGUCAGACUGCUCUAAACUUACGAGACUAAUACCUUAAAGAAAAAAGUUUCGAGACAUUUACCUAAGAGAAAGUUAAAGUUUACCUAAGAACAAAAGAAAAGACGAAAGAAGUUAACAUAAGGGAAAAGGAAGAGGAAAAGAAAAGUAAUUAACCUAAGUGAUACUUACGAGGAAUUAACCUAAGAGAAAUGUUAGAGAAAAGGGGAGUAAAAUUACCUAUUAGGUAUAUUACUAUAAUUAUACCAUUUUAUGAACAAAAUUAUUUGAAUUAUUUUGAACUUUACCACAUUACUAACUUUAUAAAAAAUACUUUUUUGGUGAUUUGAUGUGACGCAGGUACAUUUUAAGUUUUAAGACAAUAGAGAUUUUAGUUCGUUAUAAUAGACAUCGGCGCUGUACUAUAAAAACGUCGUAAAUAGCAUUUUUGUCUUACGAAAUAUUACAUUAACUUCAAGAAUACAUUGGUGCUGAUUCCUGUAGACACCAUCUAAUUUUAAGUUAUACCUGUCAUUUUCUUAUCCGCCGAAAAGGAAAGGGACGGGUAAUCGACAGGCGUAAUAUUUAUUGAACACACGUCAAUUUUAGACAGAUAUUUAAAAAUCCCUUCCAAAAUUUUAUAUUGGUCAAUAACCCGAUAGAAUUAAGUUGACAGCACACGUCAAACGGGUUGCAUAUUUAAGAUGCCUAUUUUAUUCGCCCGGGUUAUUCAUUAAUUUUAAAAUUAAACAGUUGUCAUUAUCCGUCCCUUUCCUAUUCGGCGGAUAAGAAUAUGACGGGUAUAACUUAAAAUAAAAUUAAGAAGGGGUCUGCAGGAAUCGGUGCCAUUGUUGUGUUAAAUGUCGUAAAGUGAUACAUUUCUGGCAUGAUUAGUUUUAUAAGUUACAUAUUUAAGGAAUUGAUAAAAUAACACUACUCAUGGUGCAAAUAAGAUUAUAAUUUCUUUGUAUUUCUAAAAUGAAAUAUUAUUUAAGCAAGUACUAAAAACUAACUCGUCACAGAAAAAGCAAAGAAGAAACCUCCUUUUUUGAAGUCGGUUAAUAAAAUUAAAUAGAAGAGAUCUAUCAAAUGGUAAAAUAGAGAUUUCCAGCUAAACUUACUUGGUAAAAACUAGUCUUUGGAGCAAGAAACCAAGGCUGUUUUGGCUUUGUUUUUAUUAAUUAUGAAUGUUCUUUAUUAACUGGCUAACAAUUAAAAAAACUUAUUAAGUUAAUUGUUUUGUGAUGUUGUACCAAGGAAUUUAUUGAUAAUGUAAUGCUCAAAAUUGUCUAUUUUGCUUGUGUAAUUUUAGUUAGAUCAAUUUUAUAUAAUUGUUUAAUUAUUAAUAGUCUAUGGUAAGGUUAAGUUUGACACUUGACAUUCCUGUAAUGUUUCAUUUAUUCACUGCCGUCAUUUAUUUUUAUUGAACAUCGCAUUUUGAUGCAACUGAAUCAAUAAUAAUACAUUUAUGUUAGUUUUUAACGUGACUUAUUGCACAUUUGCCUCAGAUGGCAUUAACGACUACUACUACUUGGCCGGGCAAAUGGGCCUUCCCAUUAUGAGUAUGUAUAAUAUGAAUAUGUAGAAUUAUUAAGUUAAAAUAAUAAAAAUAAGUAAUAAGAUGUAUAGAUCUCAAAUAUACAUAGGUACCUUAGUUAUAGUUAGAAAACAAUUACGCAGUUGUGCCUGGAAAAGAAAUGAAAUUAAUGUGUAGCAAUUUAUAGGUUAAUAAUCGUUUAUUUUUGCAGGUCAUCUGUACUGUAAUAUUUUAGGGAAACCUAAAUUAUUCUUUUACGGAAAUGUUAUUUUAUUUUAGGGUUAUUUUUUAUAGUACCUUCUCAUGUUUUAUUUUUAUUUUUUGUGCAUAUAAAAAUGAGUCACAAAUGAUGAUUUAUUGCAUAGGUAUUAAAAAUAGUAUAAGUAUACUUACUUACUUUUGACGUUAUUAUUUUUGUACCUGAUAAGUAGGUAUGUUUAUUAAAUAUUAUUUCCCCUUAUGAAUUUUUAUAUGCCUGGAAAAAUAAUAUAACAUUGGUAUCCCCGAAGGGGUAGGCAGAAGUGUAUAGUUAUUACACCCACUCGUUGUCAGCUAUGUUUUAGGGUGGUAUUAAUAAACGAGUCUCAGCUGAGACUGCCCUCAAGAUCAUGCUCAAGUGUCUGUUUUUAUAUGAGAACUUGCACAUUGACAUGACCUUCAGGGCAGUCUCGAAGCUGAGAUUAGUUUAUUAAUACCACAUAUAAUACGGGGCGCGCCUAUUGUCAUUAACCAAAUAUGUAUGUUAAAAAAUAUGUACCUACUUGAAUUUAUUUUGAAUGUGGUUUCAACUGCUGUUAUUUACCUGCUUAUGGGAUGUAUUUUUCUCAUCAAGAGAAAAAUAAAUAAAUAAAAAAUGUGACUCGGACGGCGUUGAACCCGCAGCGCUUUAAAGCCAUAGAGUUGUGUCGAGUUAUAUUUUUGUCAAUUUAAUUUCCUCUUUGUGAGUUUCCCUAAGCACGGGUUAGUGCUUUAAAAACAAAAAUCAUGUAAUAUUUUGUUUGUUAUUUAUGUCAGCGGUUGAUACUUGUUGAGGAAUUGAAUUUCCUUCUGACAUUCCAUCGACAAUUUUCGUUAAAAUAAAUACUAUCAUAUUCUAUGUCACGGCCCGGACACUCCGUACAAAAAUCUUGUUCUUACCGUGUGCGGCCUAACGUGUAAGUGCGAGCGAGACAGACCGUCUGCGCGCUUUCUUUUACUCCUUAGUGGCUUACGACCAUUUUGCCUAAAGUAAGACUCAGAGGGGGAGUCAACGCUAGAUACCAAUUAGUGCGGGGCGGAGUGUCCAUUCUAUACAUAGUAUUAUUCUUUAUUCUGUGUCAGAAGGGUUAGUCAGUGAAGAUUUGACAGGUUCUGUUUUUUACAGCAGCGAUUGCCUGUCUGACCUUCUAACCCGCGAAAAGAAAACCAGCCCAAUACAGGUUAGGUCACCUCUAAAAAUGCAUUUCUCGAGAAUGUGGGUCUGCGACUAAUAAUAAUUGUAAUUUAUUGAUCGAAUGUCAAAGCGAUUGUAUAUGAAAACCAAAAAUACCGCUUUUAAACUUGUAUAAACUAUAAUUAUAAGUCACCAUACUGUGAAUGUGGUCACCCGGAUCAAACCAUAUCGCACAUAGUGAACGAGUGCCCUCUGCACCGGUUCCCGGGUGGCAUAGCCGGGCUGCAUUGUGAGACGGAUGCGGCAGAGACUUGGUUAGGGGAGCUUAAGCUGGAUAUAUGAUCCACGCAGGAUAUUUUAAUAUGUAAUGAGGUAAAGUCUGCAAGACAAAAGGAAUGUAAAAUUAGUGAGAAAGAAUUACACCCGUAUUCUAAGAUGUUCAGUAGUCUCUUCCACCACUCGACUCGGCCUCAGCUGAACAGUUUGUUAUUUUAAGUUGACAUUUAUGACUUGAGAAAUGGUAUAAGAAAACCAUGUAUGUUUAAAAGUGACAGCUAACAUUUCAAAGAGCUGAGUUCGAGCAACGCGUCGCGUCAACUGAGGACGCAGUCGAGGAAGGAUAGAGUUAACAUCUUAGAAUACUGGUGUUAGGGUUGAAUUUACGCACGCUAUCGCCUUUUCAAUUCUGUCGCGUGCGGUCGCUCUCUCGCUCUAGCAAAUGACCGUUCUGAGUGAACAGAAAAGGAUAAGAGGCAUAUACAGUGCGAUAACUUACCCAAUAUCAGUGUAGUAUGUAUUAGCAUUUGUGAUACUGUAUUUAGAACUGUAUAGUCAGAUUGUUAGGUCUUGCCAUCUUUUAUACAUGUAAUUAAGUAUAUUAAUCAAAACAUAAUAUAGACUUGUUGUUAUGAAAUAAAUAGUAAAAGAUGAAUUCUGUUGAGAUUCCAAUAUAAAUUAUUUAUGUGAACAAA